GAGACUGACAGCAGAUUGUCCUUCUCAGAAGAACUCAAUCAUCAUGCAGUCCGCUCUGAUCUUCCUCGCUCUCGUUGGCUUCUCAGCCGCUGCUGUUGUUGUCCCAUACAACAACCACAACAACAACAACAAUGUCAACUUUGACGACAAGGAUGGAGUGAGCUUCUACUUCAACCCAUUCUACAACAGGAACUACAACCCAUACAACAACUACAACAACUUCUACCCAUACAACAACUACUACCCAUACAACAACAACCAGAACUACAACAACUACUACCCAUACAGCCACUACAACAACUACUACCCAUACAGCAACAACUACAACCCAUGCAACAACUUCUACCCAUUCAACGGUCAGAACCAGUACAACAACUUCUACCCAUUCAACAGCAACAACCAGUACAACUGCAACCACAAGAACCAGUGCUUCAAUAACAACCAGAACCAGAACUGUUACUACCAGAAUGUGAGAAACCAGAACCAGCACUACAACAACCAGAACCAGUACCAGAACCAGAACCAGUUCAACAACCAGAACCAGUACCAGAACCAGCACAACAACAACCAGAACCAGUACCAGAACCAGUUCAACAACCAGAACCAGUACCAGAACCAGCACAACAACAACCAGAACCAGUUCAACAACCAGAACCAGUACCAGAACCAGUUCAACAACCAGAACCAGUACCAGAACCAGUACAACAACAACCAGAACCAGUACCAGAACCAGCACAACAACAACAACCAGUACCAGAACCAGCAAUACAACAACAACCAGUACCAGAACCAGCAAUACAACAACCAGUACCAGAACCAGCAAUACACCAACCAGAACCAGUACAACAACAACAACCAGUACCAGAUCCAGCACUACAACAACCAGAAGCAGUACCAGAACCAGCACAACAACAACCAGUACCAGAACCAGCACAACAACAACAACCAGUACCAGACCCAGCAAUACAACAACCAGAACCAGUACCAGAACCAGCAAUACAACAACCAGAAUCAGUACAACAACAAUAAUAACAACAACCAGUACCAGAUCCAGCACUACAACAACCAGUACCAGAACCAGUACAACAACAACCAGUACACCAACCAGAACCAGUACAACAACAACCAGUACACCAACCAGAACCAGUACACCAACCAGAACCAGUACAACAACAACCAGUACUAGAAACUACCAGAACGAAAAUGUCAACUAGUAGCAGAACAGCUCUGUGUUGACUGCUAUAUUAAUUCCUUAUCCAAUUGUUCAUUGUUAUAUGAAUCAUGUUGAUAAGUGAUAAAUAAAUUUCUGUUUUAAGAAA